UUCAAGGUCAAGGUUAAGAAAACAAAAAUUCACUUUCUCAAUUUUCAAUUCAAUGAAAUAAUUCAUAAUAAAAAUGUUUAGUUUAUGUUUAAAUGGUUUAAUCCUAUGUACAUGCUUGUACUGUAUAUGUUACAUAAUUAUCCCAUGACAAUGCAAAUCUACACAAAGAAAUUUUAAUUAAUCCCUGAAAGAAAAUAUGAAUCAAAAUAAAGAUAUGUGCGCAUUUAGGAUAUAUCUAUGUUGGUUUACAGUAAUUAAUUAUUAUAUAAUUAAAGACAUUUUGUUAAAGUUAAACACUUUUUUUGAGAAUUGAAAUGAAAAUGGGUUGUUUUAAGCCCACAAUUGAAGUAUCUCUUUUGAUAACCUUUUUUAGUUUUGAAUUAUUAGGAUCUGUAGGAACCAAUCUAAUGAUAUACAGGACCUGUUAUCUAAUAUUAGGAUAUAAUGAAACAGAAUGUGCUUUACUAGGAAAUACAAACAAUAAAACCAUAGAAAAAUUAGAAAAACUGGUACAGCCUACAGUUAAUAUUAUAGAUACUACUAAAUCGAUGAUUGAACAAAUCAUUACCCUUGGUGUAUGUAUUUUUACUGCACAAUUGUCUGAUAAAUAUGGAAGAAAACCGGUUUUGAUUGUUGCACAAAUAGGAAUGGUAUUAGGUCUGUUCAUAAUGGCUGUAUUUAGUUACUUUCCAAAUAUAUCUCCUUGGUACUUUUUAUUUGCAUCAAUACCAUCGAUGUUAACAGGAGGUUUUUCCACAUUUCUUGUCGUUACAUUAUCAUAUAUAUCUGAUGUUACCACUGAAGAUACUCGAGGAGUCAGAAUGGCUAUAAUGGAAGGUAUAAUUGGAUUAGGUAUAUUGUGUGGCAGCAUAUCAAGUUCCUAUUUAUUCUAUGCAACUAAUUAUCCAUCUGUUUAUGCCAUAGCUGGAGGUAUUUCAACUUUGGGUAUUAUAUACACAAUAUUUUUUGUACCCGAAUCUCUGAAAAAUAUUAAUAGAGAGGGAGAAAUAACCGUAAAAAACCUACUCAUGUCUUUCAAUUUCAAGGAACUAUUCAAAGUAUUUACAAAAAAGCGUCCAAACUAUGAUAGAGCAAUAAUUUUUUUAAUGACCGCUAUGUUGACUUUAUAUAUUUUUGGACAAAGUAGUGGCAACAAGACUUUUUUAUUUUUGACGAGUAAAUUUACUUGGACUUUAACAGAGUACACAUGGUACACCAGUAUAAGUAGCAUCUUUUUUAUGAUUGGUGGUAUAUUUGGUACUCUUAUAAUACACAAAUAUUUGAAAACAACGGAAUCGGUAGCUGUGCUCAUGGGUUUUAUGUCCGAAAUGAACGGAUUUUUAGUUAGAGGAUUAGCCACCCGAUCUAGAGAUAUUUAUUUAUCUGCCGGAGUAAAGCUUUUAGGAGGAAUCAUAAGCCCACAAUGUAGAACCUUAGUAGCCAGGCUGGUACCUACUGAUGAGGUUGCCAAACUAUUCUCCUUAAUAACAGUUGUAGAAUCUGUAUGUGGUAUAGCAGCAUCUCCAUUUUUUACAUUAAUUUAUAAUUCAACUGUGAAUAUAGAUCCAGCAAUUUAUAAUUUUGUUGUGGCUGGGCUGUGUGGUAUUUGUGUGAUUUUAGCUGUGAUAAUAAUUAUUUUAGAAAAUUUAUCUACACAAAAUUAUAGUGAGUUAACCAAUGACGAAGACAGAGCUUCAAGUAAUAGCGAAGGUGUGAUUGAGUCAACACCAACAAUAACAGUUAAUUAAUAACUUAGAACAAUGUGAUAUCUCGAUUACAAUUUGUGAUAUUUAAAAAAUGUUUUACAAUGUACAUAUUAGGAAAUUGAUUAUUUUAAGAAUUUAGAAUAUUGAUGAAAUAUAUGUUUCUUAUAUUGAUAUGUGUACAAAUAGAAUAAUAUAUACUUAAGUAUAUAAAAUAUUAUAUAUUAAUAAUUUAUAAAUAUACAUAUUUUAUUAUUUAAUAACAAUAAAAAAUAAAUAC